AUGCCAGCUAGCGACGAUGAAAAAAUCCAACUUACAAACCUAUCAGCGGUGAUAACCGGGGAUGGAGUAAAGACAAACCGGGAUUCACCCGAGCAGCACUCGAAAGUUUUUGGUGGUGGUGCAACUGCCUACGAUGAUGACGGCGAUGAAGAGAAAAACGACUUUUUGAAUCACAGGGACAGUUAUGUCGACAAUACCACUUCCAGUGAUGAGUUCGAUAUGGUUGAACUUGAGGCUAACGAUGACAUUCUCCAUGAAAAGAUGAAGUUGCUCAAUAACGCAAUUGACGAAAUUGGCUUCACUCCCUACCACCUCAAGUUGUUCUUUUUGAACGGUAUGGGCUACUGGACAGACACGCAGUUGACGUAUUUGGAAAGUACCGUGCGUACGUUCAUCAACUACCAGUUUGGCUACAAGUUCCCCGUUAGUGCCGAGUGCUACGCCGGAGGCAUGAUCUUGGGGGCGCUCGUGUGGGGGUUUGGUGCCGACUUGAUUGGCCGUAGGUUGGCCUUCAAUUUGUCGUUGUUGCUCAGUGCCAUCUUCACCAUAAUGACCGGUAUGAUGGGCAACAUGGCCAGCUACUGCUUGUUUGUGCUCUUGUCUGCAUUCGCCGCUGGUGGUAACUUGGUUUUGGAUACGUGUGUGUUUUUGGAGUAUCUUCCACACAAGGACCAAUGGCUCUUGACAUUUUUUGCCUUGUUUUGGGGCGUGGGCCAGACGGUUACCGUGGCGUUGGGAUAUGCGUUUUUGCCCAAUAAUAGCUGCGACAGCUAUGACAACUGUCCGCUGGAGUCGAACCACGGCUGGAGAUAUGUGUGGUACACUAAUGGAUGCAUCGUGCUUGCGAUGGCCGUGUUGAGAGUCACCGUGAUCCGCUUGAAAGAAACGCCAAAGUUUCUCGUUGUCAAUAACAGAGACGCUGAAGCGGUGCAGGUUUUGCAGGACUUGGCGAGAAAAUACAACAGGAAAUGCUCGCUUACUUUGGAACAGUUGGAGGCAUGCGGCGAGAUCACCUCGAAUGAAGAUUUUAGGAAAAACUUUGACCUUCGUGGGUUCCUCCGGUUGACGUUUAACCAUUUGAAGAUGUUGUUUGCCACCAGCAAGGCCAUCAGAUCGACCGUAUUGUUGUUUAUUUCAUGGGCGUUUUUGGGCAUCUCUUACCCCUUGUACAGCUCGUUCUUGCCCCAGUAUCUCGCUACUAGAGGAGCCAACAUCAGUGCCGACACCAUUGGCGGCGUGUACCGAGACAACUUGAUUGCCAAUGUCUGUUCGAUCGGAGGCCCCAUUAUCGCCGGCUUGUUGUUGCUUUUCGUGCCCAGGCUCGGCCGUCGUGGUGUGCUUUGCAUUGGCGGUAUAUCGACGAUGGCGUUGCUUUUCGGGUAUACCGCCGUGCGUACUCGUGCGCAGAACGUGGCGUUGACCUCGAGUGUCUACUGUGCCCUUUACAUCUACUAUGGGAUCAUCUACGCUUACACGCCCGAAGUGAUGCCGCUGGCUGCGAGAGCCACUGGCAAUUGCUUGUGUUUGUUCUGCACCAGGAUCUGUACUGCCAUGGUGCCCAUCAUUGCGUACUACUCCAACACAGCCAGUGCUGUGCCCAUUUGGAUCUGUGGUGCGUUUGUCGGUGUCAUUGGCAUCAUUGCAUUGUUCUUGCCUUUUGAGCCUUCAAAGCAAAGAGUGGUUUGA